AUGUAUUCAAUCUUAGGAAGCGGAUUGAGCCGCCUGGGUGCGGGAAAUGCGAAAAUCCUCCUUUCAGUCUUUCGUUCUGUUAAGAAUGUUCGAAUGUACGCGACAGAAAGUGACUUAUCAAAGACUACUGCUUCGUUGGAUUGGCCUACGUUUCUUAAAUUAAGAAAAAGCCGACGUCGUUUCGAGACUUUUACAUCCAUUCCUACAGCUGUUCUUGGACUUGGUGUAGGGUCCUCGUACUUUAUGACACGCGCUGUUGAUCCUACUGUAACCAUGAUGGGAUUGGACAUGUUUACGAUAUAUGUUUUAGCAACUAUUGCUUCUGGUGCUUUUGGAUGGUUAAUAGGACCUACCUUAGGACGACAAGUCUGGACAUUAAUCAACCGGAAGCAAGCAAGUCAGAUUGCCUUCCGUGAAGAGGAAUUCUAUAAGCACUUGAAGAAGAAUCGCGUUGUUCCUUCAAUGGAAAGUUAUUCCAACCCUAUUCCAGACUAUUACGGAGAAAAGAUUUUUUCCUUGAGGGAUUAUCGCCGUUGGCUUCGUGAUCAAAAAGCCUAUGUUCAACGUUCCUUCUUGCGUACUACUCCUAAAAAGUAA